GCUGGGGGCGGGUCCUGCGGCACCGCCCGGGAAGCUGCGCGAAGCUCGGUGGCGGUGCCACAUCCUCCUCCUCCUGGUCCAGGCCAGCCGAGCCCAGCCCGGACAGAGCCAAGCCGAGCGCUCCGACGGCGCGGGCGAGCCAUGGCGCACCAGACGGGUAUCCACGCCACAGAGGAACUGAAGGAAUUCUUUGCCAAGGCUCGGGCUGGCUCCAUCCGGCUCAUCAAAGUCAUCAUUGAGGACGUGUGUGCACAGCACGUGAGCAUUUGUCUGUGGGAUGUGCUACUUCGGCUCACCCGGCCUCUGCCCCCAGAGCAGCUCGUGCUGGGUGCCUCACAGGAGCCAGUGGGUCGCUGGGACCAGGACUACGACAGGACUGUGCUGCAGCUGCUGGAUGCCCAGCAACCCUGCUACCUCCUCUUCCGUCUUGACUCCCAGAAUGCUCAGGGCUUUGAAUGGCUCUUCCUUGCCUGGUCACCUGAUAAUUCCCCAGUACGGCUGAAGAUGCUGUACGCAGCCACACGAGCCACAGUGAAGAAGGAGUUUGGGGGUGGCCACAUCAAGGACGAGCUCUUCGGGACAGUAAAGGAUGACCUCUCCUUGGCUGGGUACCAGAAGCACCUGUCGUCCUGUGCUGCACCUGCCCCGCUGACCUCAGCUGAGAGAGAGCUACAGGAGAUCCGAAUCAAUGAGGUGAAGACAGAGAUCAGCGUGGAGAGCAAGCACCAGACCCUGCAGGGCCUUGCCUUCCCCCUGCAGCCUGAGGCUCAGCGAGCUCUCCAGCAGCUCAAGCAGAAAAUGAUCAACUACAUCCAGCUGAAACUGGAUUUGGAACGGGAGACCAUCGAGCUGGUACACACAGAGCCCACGGAUGUGGCCCAGCUGCCCUCACGGGUACCUCGAGAUGCUGCCCGCUAUCACUUUUUCCUGUACAAGCACACCCACGAGGGUGACCCUCUUGAGUCUGUGGUGUUUAUCUACUCCAUGCCCGGGUACAAGUGUAGCAUCAAAGAACGCAUGCUCUACUCCAGCUGCAAGAGCCGCCUCCUCGACUCCGUAGAGCAGGACUUCCAGCUAGAGAUUGCCAAGAAGAUUGAGAUUGGUGAUGGAGGAGAGUUGACAGCUGAGUUCCUCUAUGACGAGGUGCACCCCAAGCAGCAUGCCUUCAAGCAGGCCUUCGCCAAGCCCAAGGGCCCUGGGGGCAAGCGGGGCCACAAGCGCCUCAUCCGGGGCCCUGGAGAGAAUGGGGAUGACAGCUAGGUAUCUGGACUGGGACCAGAGCCAGGCGUGUGGACUGUGGGGUUGCUGCCCUACUGUUCCUGCACCUCCUUCCUUCCCAGCCUGGGCUCUAAGGAAUUGAUUCCUGAGGGACAGGAGGGCUGGUGGCUGAACACACCUGUUGCUUCCAAGGGCCACUGGACUGGUACUUUGUGACCCUUCCCUGUUGCUGUCCCUGCCUCUCAUCUGUGUGCACAGGGUGGCUGGAGACCAUUCCUGGCUGGCUCAAAGGGUCUGGGUAGGGGACCUGGCAUGAUCCUACCCUCCAGGGGAUCUGAGGCUAUGGUCUCAGCCCAGCCCAGAAGCCAUAGAGGGUGGGAACAGUUGGAGCUAGGGCAGGACAGGAUGGUUGAAUGCUGUAUUUUCUAAAGAAUAAAAUAUUUUUAAAUCAA